AUGUCAAUCAGUGAAAUGAAAUCAUCAGAGAGAGGCAACUACAGCCUAGAUGUUCUUAAGCGAAUCUCUUCCCUCAAAGUCAUAGAGAAAGAUCUCGGGGCUAGAGAGGACGAGUACAAGCAGCUAGUCAACGUCAAAGCUCUAUUGCGAGCCUACAGGUCUCACCAGCUUGAUUGGAACAAUGGACUGGUCACUUACUGGUCCCGCGGGGAGCAGCUCUGUCAGCCAAGGCCCCUUCAUUGGGCGGAAUUUGAAGCGCUCAACCAAAAGCACGAGGGUUGGGAGAGCUUCUGGGUUGAAGGUAUGGGCAGUCCAGGGCCCACUCAGUUGAACGCAGCUAUUACCGUCCAAGGAGAUGGUUGGGAUACUUAUCGUUAUUCUGCUGGGGUUCGACUCACCAACGGAAGAGGCACCGCCGUCGUUCAUCCGACGCCAGGGAAAGCAGCCCGUUACAUAAGCGCCAGAACUUCAACUCUUGACGCUGCGGGUCAUUUGCCAAUUCCCGCGACUGGGCUUGCAACAGUUCCUUGGUGGGUCUCGCUGGACUUUAUGUAUGAUACUGGUGCAGCUAUCAUGUCACUCUGGGAGUCUGAUGUUGAGUUGAUGAGGGGAGGCUACACCAUGCAGCAGGUCUUCCAUCCAAUGACAACUGGCUGCACGACCGUGUCCCUAGCCGAUGGAUCCCAACGUACUUAUGACUGUAUCUUGGUUCAAGCUUGUUUACUUGAUCCAGCCUCGACUGACCCGAAUGGCACAAGACUCACCCCAUGGACAUACAGUGUAACGGUGGUUAAACGUGGUCAAUUCCCUGCUGAUGGAAUUCAAUCGAGAUUGGACGGCCCGUGGCUGCGGAAGAUGCUCUAUCAAGCCACGCAACCAAUUAAUGGUUUGCCAAUGACCUUGUCAAACAACAGAAAUGGGCUGGACUUGACAGCUGGACACGUUCCUGCCCAACCCACAGCACUAUUCGCAGGUACUUGGCCAGCGUUAAGGUCAUGGAUAGCGCCAUUGGGGCCAAUGCCACCAGGCCCAGGUGUUGCCAAAGUACCGCCAAACCCGGCUGAUCGUUGGUCGCGAUGA